CAAUAAGUGGAGCGAGGACUGGGUACUCAUCACUUGUAGGUACUUUUCAACAUGGCAGUCAACAUGGCGGCACUGUGGAGCCGGCCGUAACCAUGUGUUUUAUGCCCGUUUUACCCUGUGCUUUGCUAAAAUUCUCCUUUGCGAAGACACGUUUUUCACACCAACAAGUUUAAGGGCAUAUUUACUGGUUAACUUUGCAGAGUAAUCACUAGGGAGUCGGUGUUUCGACAAUAUGAGCUCUGUAAUAUUUUCUUCAAGAACUUUAUUUCCACUGGCAAGGACAUUUUUUCUAAGGGCACUUGCAAAUGACUUAUUUAGUAAAUCGCUUGCACGCCCCGCAUCAGCAUCAUCCUGGUGUGUAAGUUGUGACUUGUUACAGAGAUACAGGUCUGACGUGAAAAAGACACAAAAGUCCUGGUUUUGCACCGAAAAGUAUCCGGAUGUAGAAACUCCUCAAACUCUUUUAAGCAACACAGAUUUCAGGGAAAAUAUUGUUUCAUUUUCCACAAAACUCAAUGUAAACAUCCCAGAUGUAAAAGACCUUUUGGCUGCUUUCACUCACGAGUCAUACCUGAUAGCAAAUGCUGACAAACUUAUGGAACCUCAUGAAUGUAACGAAAAACUGGCUUUUCUUGGUGCACAGACCACAAGAAAGUGUAUCACAGAGUAUCUUUAUCACAACUUUCCUGAACUUUCAGCAUUACAGAUCUGGGAUAUACAGAAUGCUUUGUUAGAUGAUUAUGUAUUGCAGAAAGCAGUGGAGUGGAAUAUCAAAGGAAAGACUCUUUUUUCUAGACAACCACAUGAACUGAUGCAGAGGCAAACUGUAUUAGCUCUAGUUGGAGCAGUGUAUACUCAUGAGAGUCCUGAAAAAGCAGAUGCAUUUGUAAGGUCGCAUCUUGUACCGGAACUGACAAAUGAUAAGAUUGAGGAGCUCGUAAAACUGCAACACCCAAAGUUCAUUCUUCAGUGUAUAUCAGAUAUGGUAGGACACUUUCCCUUGAAGACAAAACUUGAUUCCAAAGAGAAGAGCAAAUCUCAUCUUCAUCUGAAUAAUCCAUUCAUCUAUUCCGUCAGUGUUAUACGUGGUGAAAAAAGUGAAGUACUAAGUCAAGUGGUCUGCCACUCGCUAUCCUUGGCAGAGAAAAAGGCAUGCCAAGAAGCUCUUAUAAAGCAUUACCCAGAUGAAUUCAACAAGUUUCAGUUAGUACUUGACCGGGAUGAUUUUGUAACAGAGGCAAACAUCGAUUUUGGUUUGACUGUUGCUGAACAGCGAGUUGUGGAACUGGACAAGGGAGAGGAGAGCUUUGGUUUUCACAUAAGAGGAGGUGAAAAGAAGACAAAACAGAAUGAGAAGUGGCUUGUGUUUCACUAUACAACCCCUGUGUUUAUUUCACACAUAGUGUCUGGGGGUGUUGCAGACAGACAUGGGGGAUUAUCUGUUGGUGACAAGAUUCUUGCUGUAAAUGACAGAAGUUUGGAGGGGCUUGAUCAUGAGAGGGCUGUAAAUCUUUUGAAAUCUGUCUCAGGUCGUGUGUCCUUGACAGUCAGUCACUGCAAAGAAACAUUGAUCGCUGAUCAGAUUGAGAUGAAGUACAAAGAAAUAAAACGUAAAAAGCGCCUAGCAGAAUUAUCAUCUGACAUAUGGUCAGAAUGGCAUCAAGCUCAAGCUAACCAGACACCAUCACAGUAUAAAGAUGUCCUCAAAUAUCACAAUGAUGCUAAGAAGACAUCAUCUUAGAUAAGCUGCAUAAUCAAUUUAGUAUUCUCUCUAAUCUGGUGCAGUCAACUGCAAAACUAACAGAUGAGUGUCAUAAUAUAAAAUGAAUGCUGUGAAACAACUAAAAUCAACCUGUUAUCUUUCACCAUUGACAGCUAGCCCAGUGUUUGAAUAAAUAUUUGCAUUUUUUGACAACAA